GCGCACUCCAUGAGCCAGGCUUAAGUCCGUGCGGGCAAGCUCAAGUCCGUGCGGGCAUUCAAGAGGGUUAGCGCUAUCGCUCGAAGAUGGCACGUUGAUGUAACCCCUCACCGCCUCCAUCCUCCUCCCUCCCAUCCCCAAACACGCAGACAGCUCAUCAUGACGGAAAACAGCGAGCGUGCGGAAGUUGCGCAGCAAAUGAGCCAUUCGACAUCUUCGCCGAAUAGUCAGAGUGCUGCUUCGACGAGACACGAUGUCGAGCAUGGCGCCUCUACCGUGGAGGGGGAAAAGGGAGCAUCGGGCACUGCGGCCGAGGAGAAGGAUGCCAAUCUGGUCUCGUGGGAUGUCGAUGCAGAUUCGCGCAAUCCGCUUGCAUGGUCGACGGCCAAACGGUGGACCAUCUUGAUGAUCGUAUCCACAUGCAGUCUUUGCGUCACUUGCACCUCCAGCGUAGUGUCAAGCACCUUUGAGUCUCUCGAGAGCGAAUUCCGGAUCGGCCACGAGGUGGCCAUCCUGGGCUUGUCGUUGUUCGUGCUGGGCCUCGGCAUCGGACCCUUGGCGCUGGCUCCGCUUUCGGAAUUCUACGGCAGGCGUCCAGUCUACCUCUCCUCGUUCGGUCUGUUCGUUUUGCUUGGCUUGCCAGUAUCCUUUGCGAACAACCCGGCAGUCUUUUUCAUCUUUCGAUUCUUGACAGGCGUCUUUGGAAGCGCUUUCCUCAGCGUCGCCGGCGGCACCGUUGCCGAUCUGUUCUUGCCAAAGGAUAUGGCGCUGCCCAUGGCUGCGUACACGAUGAGCCCAUUUCUAGGACCGAUUCUUGGCCCGCUGUACGCCGGCUUCGCCACGUAUUUCUCCACCUGGCGUUGGACGUUUUGGACGAUCAAUAUUUGGUCAUUCAUCAUGUGGAUCGCCCUCCUCUUGUUCGUUCCCGAGACGUUUCAUCCGACCAUCCUCACCACAAAGGCCAAACAUCUUCGUCGAAGCACGGGAAAUGCAGAUCUUUGCUCUGCGCACGAGCUGAAAUUGAGGGAAAAGAGCAUCGGAGGAACGCUGAGGGCGAACAGCACAAAGGUGAUUCAAUUGCUGAUUCUAGAACCCAUGCUCGCGCUGCUAUGUCUCUGGACAGCGCUCCUGCUCGGCAUUUUGUACCUCUUCUUUGAAGCUUUCCCGAUCGUCUUUCGAACCCACGGAUUCAAUCUCUGGCAGACCGGCCUGUCUUUUCUCGGACUGGCAGUCGGCCUGAUUCUGGGCGCUUUCACCAUGCCGUACUGGGCCGGACGCUACCGACGGGCCAUGGCAGAGAAUGGAGGGCAAGCGCCGCCUGAAGCUCGACUACCGAUGGCCAUGGUCGCUGCCAUCCUCAAUCCCAUCUCGCUCUUCUGGUUCGCCUUUACGACGUACCCCGCAGUACACUGGAGCGUCCCCAUCGUCGCUUCCAUACCGUUUGGCGCCGGCAUCCUCUUCACCUAUUCCGCCGUCUUCUCCUACACGGCCGACGUCUGGAGACCAGUGGCGGCCUCUGCAUUAGGGGCCAACUCCAUCUCGCGCAGCCUCUUCGCUUGCGUCUUUCCGCUCUUUGCGACGCAAAUGUACGCUCGUCUAGGCAAUGCUGGCGCCACUGCCCUUUUGGCCGGACUCAAUGUGCUCAUGGUCCCCAUCCCCUUUAUCUUUGCAAAGUAUGGACCUCAACUUAGAGCGAAGAGUAGAUACAGCUAUUGAGGCGCGGCGCACCCGGGAUUGGAAUCGUAACACAUAGAUGAG